UCAGUGUCUUGAUCCCAUCAAACGGUGCAGAUCAACUCCAACCAACACAACAACAUCCUCAUCCUGCUCCUGUGACAGAGAGACACCAACAUGCUCUUGUUCCUCUUCUUGUUUGGUCUGGCUCUGGGUGCCGUGUCUCCUUCUGAGGAACAUGAAGUGAAGCUAGAGCGUGCCAACUGUCCCAUGUUCUGGUACAGCUUCAACAACCGCUGCUACAAGUACGUCGCCACGGACAUGACCUGGGCUGAUGCAGAGAUCCACUGUUUGUCACAAGGAGCCAACCUGGUGUCUAUCCACAGUCUGGAUGAAGAAAGUUUCGUCAAAACCUUGAUCAAGAACUUUGAUCCUGCUGAGGGAUGGACCUGGUUUGGAUUCAGCGACCUUCACAAAGAAGGCACAUGGAUGUGGUCUGACGGCUGCCCAGUGAAGUUUACCAAAUGGGAAUCAGGCCAGCCAAACGGUGCAGGCAGUCAAAACUGUGGUGAUCUCAACCAUAAUCCAGGAUGGAAUUGGAAUGACUACGAAUGUGCUACAACUUCUCCCUUUGUUUGUGCAUCUCGUAUAACCUGUCCUUGAGAUGUUACACAUGUCUGAUUGAACCUGGUCACUGCUCACCUGUUGCUCUGUUGAUAUGCAUUUGGCCUCCUCAAUAAAGACACA